GCGCAUAAACCACUUAUUUCGAGAGUUGAAAGAAAAAGAAACACCCGUGGAAAAUAACUGCUUUCUAACGUUGUUUUUGUUGCUGUKCAGAGAAAAGUUAGUUUACAGUUACUUUUUAUCUGUUCAACAGAAGAGUCGCUAUGUCAAGCUUCGUAGACGUGAAGAAUGUUGAGCCAACCCACUUUGAAGAACAACACUACGACGAAUAUGAAUAUUAUAACCUUUCAGAAAAAUACACAUGUGGCGCUAGCCGCAAGGGGAGGUCAAAGAAGGAAGCCAGCGACAAUACCAACCGCCCCAACCCCGGAGGCCACGAGCGCAAGCUCGUAGAGAAACUUCAGAACACUGAAAAGAAGGCCAAGGUGUGAGUAAGUGGAGGACAAAUCGGACGGCUAACCCUGGCAACCGACCAUGGCCGCCUUGGCGACAAAACAAGAUGGGCAGACGGUGAACUCCAAUGUAGAGGGGGGUGAAUAUGAGGACGAGUCACAUGCUGCCAAUGAGUCUGACUGUAGCUUCAGUGAAGGGAGAUUUCAGUCCUCUCCUUCAUAGAGCUGAUGGUACUGUCGGUGGGAGUGGCCCCCAUAUUGGUUGUUCAUUUCAGUCAUGGGUAGAUCUCCACUGAAGAUGAUGUAGACCACUUGUGCAAGUGUUUUCUGAAUGACCUUCCCACGCAAGUGGGGAGUAAUGGGGGUGGUGGCAGGAUGCAUCUCUUUUCAGUAUCAAUGUGGUUUUGUUUUUAAGUCUUAAUUGACGAUGCUUGUCACUUAAUGUUUUUAUAAACCAAAGAGGUUCUGAAAAUGGAUUUAUUUUUAAAAAGUAUUGAAAAUAAAUGCUUUCAUAAAAUAUAUUAAAAGUCUUGGUUUAAAGUGGUACUCCAGUCUCCUUUUCACAUCCAUUUAACCCAAUUAACAAAAAAACUUAACAAAAGGCACAUCUCAAUAGGUGACUCAGGGACCACAGUGGAGGACGGUUAUAUGAUAAAUAAAUAGCUACCUAGCUAGUAAUAUUCAAAUGUGACUCCUAUGGCUGACGUCACAACUUCCCAUCCAACCAACUCUUUGAAUGCCCUAUUCCUUGAAGUUUGCAGUUGUAUAAACACUAUUUUGCUUAACCUAUUUUUAUAUUUUGGUGUGUGUACUUUACUGUCUAUAUACUUGGGAUAUUACUUUUCCAACAUCCCUGGAGGAUGUCUUAUGAAUUUGUCUUCGUGGAAGGUGUCAUGGGCUGCAAUCUUCAAACAAGCCAAUAGGUGGCAGUAAUAGAUUUGUGUCAAAUUACAGUCCUCUUGGGAAUGCUCUAGUUUAGAAAAUUUCUGCCAAAGAAUUAAGGGAUUACUGUCAAGAAAUUGACAAUUUGAAGAGCCCUUGACAUAACAGAAAAUGCAAAAGAAUAGCAAUUUGUAUGACUGCUCAUUCAACUGUUUAAACUAAAUGGAUAAUG